AUGGAACAACAAUCACGUCACCGCACAGUUCGGAUCUACGUCAUUGGGGUCGCAAACCUGGUCAUAGAAGUCGACGUGAAAUACAUCAAAGGAAUGCUAAAUAACCCCAACAUCCAACCCAAUGCUACAAUCAACCGUUGGAUCACUGGUAUCCUACUAUUUGACUUCCGCCUCGUACACGUACCAGGUUCACGCCACACUGGGGCUGACGGUUUAUCACAUCACCCCCGCGCAAACGAAGACCCCGAGGAGGAUGAUGACUUCGAGCAGUGGUUAGAUGAAGCUAAUGCCUUCACUAUUGAUGCCGCAAAUUCCGGGAUAAUGUGUGAAGGGUGGCGGCAUGCCUGUGCUCCAGGGACUGUCUUGACUGGCUUGAGUGCUAGGACACCAGAUGUUGCAGUCUACACCUCGGCCCCGGAAGAUGUCGAGAUUCCGUGA